AUGGGGUGGAUACAAAGUGACGAGUGUCACCUCCAGAAGGACCAACUCUACGACCUCGCCAACUCCAGCACGUACGCACCUAUCCCCUGCGGCUCCCCUGCCUGCACGGAGCUCGGUAGCAGCCACAGCAGUGGUUGCUCCGCCGGCUCCGACCAAUGCAAGUAUAUCCUCGACUACGGCGACGACAGGGUCACCGCCGGGACAUACAUCAGCGACACGCUGAACUUGUCGCCCACCAUCGCGGUCAAGGGCUUCCGGAUCGGGUGCAGCCACGCCGUGAGGGGCACCUUCAGUGACCAGACCGCCGGCGUCCUGGCCCUCGGCGGCGGCGCCGGGUCCCUCCUUGCACAGACCGCGGAGACCUUCGGCAACGCCUUCUCCUACUGUGUCCCGCACCCGAGCUCCGAUGGAUUCCUCUCGCUGGGCGGGCCGGUGGGGAAAUCGUCGCAGUUCGCGAGCACGCCUCUGAUCAAGAACCAACACGCUCCAACCUUCUACAUCGUCCGCCUAGAGGCAAUCACCGUGGCCGGGAGGCGGCUCGACAUGCCGCCGGCUACAUUCGCCGGUGGUGCGGUGAUGGACUCAGGGGCGGUCGUCACGCAGCUGCCACCGUCGGCAUACGCAGCGCUGCGGGCAGCGUUCAGGAGCGCCAUGACGGCGUAUGGCCCGCUUGCGGAUCCCGUACGCAACCUUGACAUGUGCUAUGACUUGACCCGCUUCCUCGAGGUCAAUGUCCCCAAGGUGUCCCUAGUGUUCGCAGGCUGUGCCACCUUGGAGCUCGAGCCGGCGUCCAUCAUGCUGGACGGUUGCCUGGCUUUCACGGCCUCCCCUGGCAGCCACGGCUCCAUCGGAUUCAUCGGCAACGUGCAGCAGCAGACCUACGAGGUUUUGUACGAUGUCGGCAGCGGGAGCGUGGGAUUCCGCAGUGGCGCGUGCUGAUGUGGCAAGCUGCAGGACAACCACGGCCAGUUGUACGUGUGAUGCAUGAUUGGCCCCCUAAUAUAUAUCUGGGGUCUACAAGCUAGCUUGCUCAUUGGGAUGGAGCUAGUUUGUGAGUAUAAAUAAAUGCAAGAAAGAAGAUUGAUGUAAUACUUAUAUAUGCAUGUAAUUUUAUAUAGUUCUAUAUAUGCAUGUAAUUUUGUUCAACGGUUGUAUGAUUGUAAACCUUAUAAUAUAACCUUACACAUUGUCAAGGAAUUCAACCGAUAUAAUUACUCUA